CUGGGGGAGGGGGAUGAGUCGGAUCUGCCCUCUUUGUCCUGGAGCACCGGAGUAUAUAAAUAGUGCAGUCUCCAGCCAGACUCUCUCCCAGCCUUGCACGCCCCCGCAGUCCCCCCAACCCGACCCCCGCCCCUUGUCACUACGUGUGGGGCUCGCUCUGCCUGGAGGGAGGCUGGGGUGCGGGGAAGCAGGGAGUGCAAACAGACAUUGGUUCUCGUUCCUCUUCCCAUUCAUAGAUUUCGGUUGGAGUCCCAGGGCCGCCGCGCCCGGAGUCGCAAUGAAUGGAUGGAUGCCCCGCGCGCUGGGACCACCAGGUACAACCAAUAAGCAGCCUUUGAGCAGCCGAGAAGAAAAGGCGAGUAUCCUGCUCCUCAACUCAGUUCCCUAACUCAGCACCCACUCCUGACUCCUGCUUGGUCUACUCCUGCCUUGGUGAUGUUCAAGCUCAGUACUUCUUCCACAUCAGCCGUCGGGCAGGCAAAAACACUUCCUUAUGCCUCAGUGACUAACGUCUGUACCUAUUUAUUCAUAGCACAAGUAUCUUGGACUCAUGAAUUCCCAUAUUUAAUCGCUCAUAAUUCAUUCCUUUAUAUGUUAUUUUGAUGUUCAUAUUUGAUCCAUUAAAAGGGCCAAUGAGAGUCCCCUCAACCUGGCUCCUGCAUCCUGAUGGCAUGCCCCCAUCACUUCUAAAUACUUCCUUACUUUCUGGCUUAAUAAGAUGCUUUGGGCUCAUUUGUACCUACUUUGUUCCAGACCCUGGGGUCAGCCAUUUCUCAAAAGAACACUGGUUCCUUUUAACGGAAUUAUAGACCAAGACACAGGUACUACGUGUGCUCAUUGCUGCUGGGACAUCUUUUCCUCCUGGCCCUUGCAGCAGACAGAUCUAAGCAAUAAGUGCAUGUACAUGCAUGCACACAUACACACACAAACACAUACAUGUGCACAUAUACAUACAUGUACUUAUUUUAGAAAUCAGGAGCCAUUAAUUUGUCUAUGUCUCUUUCAUCACAGUGAAAUCCCUGGUU